AUGGCUCGACGGCUUUCCAUAACUAAACCCCCUGGCGAAGAAGGCAAAGCUUGGCCUGCCAUUUGCAUUGGCUUCUUCGUUGCUUUUGGUGGUGUUCUGUUUGGAUAUGACACAGGCACCAUCUCCGGUAUUCUUGCCAUGCCGUAUUGGAUGAGCCUUUUCUCUACAGGGUACCACAACCCACAGGGGCACCUGGAUGUAUCUCCACAGCAAUCUUCAGCCAUCGUAUCUAUUCUAUCUGCUGGUACUUUCUUUGGUGCGCUGGGCUCCCCACUCCUGGCCGAUAACAUUGGUCGACGACUUGGACUUAUUGGAUCCUGUGUGGUUUUUAUCCUGGGCGUCAUUCUGCAAACUGCUGCAACCGCCAUUCCGCUCUUCCUAGCAGGCCGUUUUUUUGCUGGCUUUGGAGUCGGUCUUCUCUCUGCAAUGGUGCCUCUCUACCAAUCCGAAACUGCCCCUAAAUGGAUCCGAGGUGCUAUUGUUGGCGCAUAUCAGCUUGCCAUUACUAUUGGUCUACUAUUGGCAGCAAUCGUUAACUAUAGCACACAAUAUCGAAAUGACACGGGAUCUUACCGCAUUCCUAUUGCCAUUCAAUUUGCUUGGGCAUUGAUCCUCAUUGUUGGUCUGCUGCUUCUACCCGAAACGCCACGCUACCUGAUCAAGAAAGGCAACCAUGCCAAGGCUGCUCGGGCGUUGAGCAGGCUUCGACGACUACCAGCCGACUCCCCUGCCAUCAAGGCCGAGCUCGACGAAAUCAGCGCUAAUCACGAGUUCGAGAUGAGCAUUGGCAAGGGUACUUAUCUUGACUGCUUCAAGGGUCAGAUGCUCAAGCGUCAGCUCACCGGUAUGGGUCUUCAGGCGUUGCAGCAGCUCACUGGAGUCAACUUCAUCUUCUACUACGGUACUCAGUACUUCAAGAACUCUGGAAUCCAAGAUGCCUUCGUCAUUUCCAUGAUUACUUCGUGUAUCAACGUUGUCUCUACCCUACCGGGACUCUGGGGCAUUGAUAAAAUUGGUCGACGACCACUGCUUCUCUGGGGCGCCGUUGGCAUGUGUGUCAGUCAAUUCAUUGUGGCCAUGCUGGGCACCUUGACCACCGGCCAAGAUUCUGCUGGAAACACGAUCGUCUACAAUCAGCCGGCACAGAAAGCCUCGAUCGCCUUCGUGUGCAUAUACAUCUUCUUUUUCGCAUCUACCUGGGGCCCUUUGGCCUGGGUUGUCACUGGUGAAAUUUUCCCACUGAAGACCCGAGCCAAGAGCUUGUCCCUUACCACAGCUAGCAACUGGCUCUUGAAUUGGGCUAUUGCAUACUCGACCCCCUACCUUGUCAACUAUGGAGCAGGCUACGCCAACCUGCAAUCAAAGAUAUUCUUCAUUUGGUUCGGCUUCUGCUUCAUUUGCAUCGCAUUCGUAUACUUCUUCAUUUACGAGACCAAGGGAUGGUCCCUCGAGGAGGUGGAUGAGAUGUACAAUGAGGUUAAGUCUGCGCCCAAGAGCAAGUACUGGACGCCUAAGACGACUUUCGCUCAAAGACAGAGCGUUGGAGGCCAGGGUGGCGUUUUGGGAGGUGAAAAGGCCGUUGGAGGUGAUGAGUACGAACAUAGGGAAGCAUGA